AUGCCCUCCACCCCCUCCCUGCAGGUGGUCCACAAGGGCACUGCCACCUGUCCUGCCUGUGCCCAGCCUCUGGAGGAUGCCGUGACAGCCACCUGCGGGCACGACUUCUGCCGCCUCUGCCUCUUCCCACCCUCCCAGAUGGGGUCCCAGCCCUCAGGCCGGAUCCUGCUUUGCCCGGUGUGCCAGGAGGAAGAGGAGCAGACAGAGAACGUCAUGACCCCAGUGCCCCUGGGCCCUUUGGGGGAGACCUGCUGUGAAGAACAUGGUGAGAAGAUCUACUUCUUCUGCGAGAAUGAUGCUGAGUUCCUCUGCGUGUUCUGCCGGGAGGGGCCUGCCCACCAGGCCCACACCGUUGGCCUCCUUGAAGAGGCCAUUCAGCCCUACCGGGAGCGUCUCAGGAGCCGGAAGGACGCGGUGAGCAUGGAGAGAGAUGAGAUUGAGGACACCAAGUGUCGGGAGGAGCAGAAGAUCCAAGAGUUACUGACUCAGAUUGAAAACAAGAAGCAGCUGGUGGAAACAGCCUUCCAGAGGUUGCAGCAGGAGCUGGAGGAGCAGCAGCGCCUCCUGCUGGACAGACUCAGGCAGCUGGAGCAGCACAUCUGGAGGGAGAGGGAUGAGUACCUCAGCACGCUCUCGGAGGAGGUGACGCGGCUGGGAGCCCAGGUCCAGGAGCUGGAAGACAAAUGUCAACAGCCAGCAAGUGAGCUUCUACAAGAUAUCAGAGUCAGCCAGAGCAGGUGUGAGACAAGGACUUUUGUGUGUCCGGAGACCAUUUCUUCUGAACUUAUCCGGAAGACCCGCGACCUCCACAGGAAGAUCCUCGUCCUCCCGGAGAUGAUGAACACAUUCUCAGAAAGGCUGGCGCAUCAUCUGGAAACAGAUUCAGGGCUCCUGAUUCUGGACCCUCAGACGGCCAGCCAGAACCUGGUGCUAUCGGACAACGGCAAGUCAGUGAGGUACACUCGGCAGAGGCAGAAACUGCCCGACAGCCCUGUGCGCUUCGACAGCCUCCCUGCUGUGCUGGGCUGCCCGGGCUUCACCUCCGGGCGCCACCGCUGGCAGGUGGAGGUGCAGCUGGGCGACAGCGGCAGCUGCAUCGUGGGUGUGGCCGCCGAGGAGGUGAGGCGCAAGGGCGAGAUGGGUUUGAGCGCCGCGGAGGGCGUGUGGGCCGUGAUCCUGUCGCACCAGCAGUGCUGGGCCAGCACCUGCCCAGACACCGACCUCCCACUGACGGAUAUCCCAUGCAGCGUGUGUGUCGUCCUGGACUACGAGGCGGGACGCGUGGCCAUCCUGCACGCGGACACGCAAAAGUCCAUCUUCACCUUCACAACCUCUUUCUCUGGCAAAGUUUACCCUUUCUUCUCUGUCUGGAAAAAGGGUUCCUGCCUAACCUUGAAAGACUGA